CCCAGGAACGAGCUGGACGUCAAGCUGGUCACCGCGAUCUUCGCCCAGCUCCCCGCCCAGCUGCGCAAGGCCUCCCUGGGGACCUGGGAACGGCUGUCGGCCGCCCUGGCGCUGCCCGAUGCGCAGCUGCUGGGGACCGCUCGCGGGGAGCUCGAGCGGCAGCACGGGCUUGGCCACGCCGUUGGCCAGCUCGUCGCGCGGGCCUCCUCGAGGUACAUGGAGCGCAGCAGCGACCCCGCUGCCGCCGCCGCCAUGGCGUUCCGCUGCGCUGCGCUGGGCUUCGACGGCCCGCCCCUGCGGGAGCUGCUGCGGGCCCUCUUCCCGGCCAUCGACCGAGGUCCCGGGGAGAUCGACCUGGGGAGUGCCGCGCUGCUGUGCUGGGCGUGCGCGGAGGUGCGCUCGCAGCGGAAGGGCGUGCUGCGGCUGGCCUCGCGUGCGAGGGACGCCCCCCCGGCGGGGCCGACGCGGUUAGCGGCCUGCGCCUGGCGUGGGCGUCGCUCGCCAGCGAGGCGCCCGAGAGCGAGGUGAGGGCGCUGCUGGGGGACCUGUCCCAGGCGGACGCCGCCGAGCUGCUGGCGGGCCUCACGGCCGCGGACGCGCGGCCCGUGCAGCAGCUGGCGUGGCACGGCCAGCAGCAGCAGGGCGCCGCCGCCGGCAACUGGACGGAGGUGGUGC